CUGGCAGCGCUAUUUAUCGGCAUCGCUGGGUGUUGUUAUAAAACCAAUUGCAAAUUGUUUUACUUAAUUUGCAUUUAAAAUGUCGGUGCCAUUUAGCGGCACAUUAAGCCGCUCGGGCGGCAUUGUCUCGGCCAUAGGCAAACAGCUGAAGAGCGUUAAUCUUAAAGGUGUCAAACGCAUUACAGUGCAGUUCGAUCCGUUUGCGGAAAAUGUAAAAGCCACACGCGAAUUUCUCUUCCUGCUCUCCACGCCAAAAGUGUCCCAGACGAAUCCCAAUUGCGUUGUCAAGCCGGACAUUGUCUGCGAUCGUUCGCCAGCGUUGAUUAAAUUUGCGCUAAUCGACUCGGCGCAAGAAAAAUCCAAAGUCAAGGAGAUUCGCUUCAAUAGUGAAAAUCUGAAUACCCUGGAACUGCUGCAGCUGUGCAACAAGCACGUGUCCUCAUUAGCCCCGCCCGAGGAAGUUGCCAACAAGGUGCUAACGAAGGCGGAGAAACAGAAAUUGGGCGGCGGUGGCAAAAAGGUGAUCAAAAAGAAGUAG